UUAGGGUUUAGGAGAGGAAGCCAUGGCGCUGUUCUUGUGUGGCGCUCUGGCGGCAAUGUACGUGGGAGUGCUCUACGCGCCGCCCAUUCUACUCAAGAUCCGGGCAAAGACGCAGCGCCAGCUUCUCCUUCAGCGAUUCGUCUGUGCUACUCUCGCCUCAGUGCUGUCACCGCUUGUGUGUUUCAUCAUUCUUCCGGUGGGAUCGUCCAGCAAGCUCAAUUUGAUGGGAAUUCGAUCGGAUUACUUGAUGCAAGCCACGCUAUAUCCUUUGCUGCUCACUGCCUUGCUGUAUCUCGGUCCUUUGUUCGUGGAGCUUUUGGAACUUAUCGAUGGAGAACAAGGCGCCGCUAAUGAUCACGGUUUCAUGGCAAGCUUGAUUUUUCUCGGGCAGGACGUGGUUGCCUGGCGGAACUACGUUGUGGCACCGCUGUCGGAGGAGAUUGUUUUCAGAGCCUGCAUGAUUCCUCUUCUUUUAUGCGGAGGGUACUCGCCUACAGCUGCCAUACUCAUCUCUCCAACAUUUUUCAGCUUAGCACACGUCCAUAGAUUCUGGGAACUCGUUCAUCACGAAAGAUACACCCCCAAAAGAGCCGCCUUUGUCGUAGUUGCUCAACUUGGGUACACAAUCGUGUUUGGCUGCUACGCCGCAUUCCUCUACGUUCGAACAGGCCAUCUCAUUGCUGCCGUAGUUCCUCACAUUUUUUGCAACAUCAUGGGCUUCCCGGAUCUCGUCCGUGCCUGCCAAAACCGAGUCCUGGCCGUGGUACACAUCGUCGGCCUCGUUGCUUUCAUGGCUCUCGCGGCCCCUCUCUCGAGCCCCGCCUUGUACAACAACGAUGUUCUCGAUUGUAAAUGCUGGCAGGGCUUCUGCGGGGCUUCAUCAUCAUCAAAACCAUAACUUUGCCGCUGCCAAAGUUAAGAUGAUCGAUCAUAACGCACACAAGCCAAGUAUUUCUUCAAAGAAGCUUAAGCUAAGAUCCAUCCAAACGAAAACCCACACGUUGUUACUAUGACCAUCAAUCAAUCCAUCAACAAACCCAAGUCAAACGCUUGAUGCUUCCAACACAACACAAGGAAAGGGAAUCCAAUGCUCCAAUUCCACUGCUCCAUUCAAGGCUCUUUGUCUUUCGUGGUCACACCAACAUUUAAGUGAGACGAGUGGAGUUUUCUGUCCA